AUGGCUAAGAAGUCCAGCGAGAAGGCGCAUGCGAUGAAGCUGUUCGUCAAGGACUCGGAGACUGAGAAGUACGUCAUUACUAUCAAGAAUGUGAUUCGUUACGAACUCGCAUUGGAAAGCGUUGGAAGCGACAUGUUUCAUUCAGGCAAGCGUUCAUGGUAA